CUUUCGACUGGCUCUUUCGGGUUAGCGGCGGGACAAUCGGCCGCUUGUUCUCCGGCGCUGGUCGCCUCCUGGCCCCUGCGGGACAAACCUUUUCUUUGUCCGUCUCGGGAUGCCAGGGCGAAGAAGGGCGUGGAGAGGCCGCGAAAGCCCGCCGGCCAGCCCGCCGGCAGGUCCCCUCGAGACGGCGGCAGCAGGAUGGGCGAGCAGGAGCCGGCGGGCGGCGAGGCUGCGGGCUUCGCGCUGGAUAAGGACUUUCUGCGCUCCCCCAAAGGGAUGGUGAUGGGGGCCGAGCUGGGUCUUUGUUUCCUGGUUUUCUUGCUGCUCACGGCUUCUGUUUCAGCCUACAUGGGCGCUGCCUUGUUGGAGGUGUUGGUAACUCUGACUUUCCUGGGUUUGCGAGCCACGUACUACCACGAACGCCUGACCCGGGUCAACUGGCCCUGCCUGGAUUUCCUUCGGUGCGUCAGCGCGGCUAUCAUCUUCAUCGUGGUGGGCUUCGCCGUCAUUGCCACCAACCAUGAGGGAUCGGCUGUCUCGGCCUUUGUUUUCAGUCUUAUUCUAAUUGGAAUUUUCUGCUUGGACGCCUACAAAACCUACCAAGCGGAGAUGGGAUCGGAAGAAGACCCCGAACGUCGGUGAAUUUGCACGCUUACGUUUCCCUGCCUCGAGUGAUGAAAACCCAACCUCAGGUCUCUAGCUUCUGUAUCCACGUGUGCUCUGGAGCCGACUCCCAUCUUUCCUGGAGAAUCCGGAUCUGUGAUGUCAGAUUAUUUCCGGAUUUAACUUGCCGGAAAGACACGAUUAAAAUUGUUUUGGAUGCGAUACGAUACGCCUCACUUUGACCAGCGACUGGAUAUAUACAUGCACGACGGAGUGAAGAUAGAUGUCUUUACUA